CCUGAACAUACAAACAUGGUUCCUAUAAUUGGAGAACCAGCGCCCGUUUGACUUCCGACCGCGUAAAAAGGCACGUGCCCUUUGAGUCUUUGACCCCCUUACGACUCCUCCAAGAACCUUCCAAACCCUCACUGCCGUUCUAGCCCUAAUCUCUCUCCUCCCCCUUCUCUCUCCCAACACUAUAAUCAAGCUCGGUCACUGGGCAAUCGCACAAUUCAUUGAACUUCUCGAGCAAUUCAGCUACGUUUUUUAAUGAAUCAGAAUGGAAUAGUGCGAUUUGAAACAGCUGUUGAUUCGGUGUUUAUUCACGGAAGUAUGCUGUCUGAGAGAAAGCAUUAGACAUUAGGGUUUUGGAUUGAAAGUGGACAUGGAUUCUCUGAAGUUGAUGGGGUCUUUACUUGAUGGUUCAGAACUUCAGCUUUGAUGGUAAUGUGAGACUAUUCAUAAAUAAAAAUGUCGGCGGAUCUGUGUCCCUCCCGAGUGGACACUUUAGAAUUGAAAUUUCAUAUCGAAAGGAAGAUCGGGCAUGAGAAAGCAGACAAAUACUUUUACCUCUUGAGCCGGUUCUUGAGUGUUAAGAUUAGCAAAUCAGAGUUUGACAGACUCUGCAUUGCUACAAUCGGGAGGGAGAAUAUCUUCCUUCAUAACCGACUUAUCCGAGCAGUUCUGAAGAAUGCAUGUGUUGCUAAGAUUCCUCCACCGAAAGAACGCAAAGCAGGCAGUUCAUUAAAUGAAAAAUUGCCAAAUGGGUAUCAAACAAGUAGUCUCCAUUCACUCUGUAGGGACUCUUCGCCUCGGUCUCCGAGGAAGGGAAGAGCACCAAAUGUUCGUGAUCGAAAGUUUAUGGACCGUCCCAGUCCUCUCGGGCCUAAUGGGAAGGCAUAUAGUCCUAAAGUUCAGGAACAACAAAGCGCCACCGAACUGCUUUCUUUGGGUAGCAGGCCACCACCCGAGGGAAGCUCUGUGGAAGAGGGUGAAGAGGUUGAGCAAGCUUCUGGAAGCCCAAGUAUUUACAGUAGAAGCCCUGUGAGAGCUCCUCUUGGAAUGUCUGUAAAGGGCAAAGAGACACGGAAAGUGCUACGCACUGGAUUAGGAACUGGCUUUCACUCUGACUCUUGCCAGUGUAGCAGUGAGCUUCCAGAUACAAGGUCUCUAAAGACCAGAUUGGAGCAGAAGUUGGAGACCGAGGGCUUGAAAAUUUCACUGGACUGUGUUAACCUGUUAAACAGCAGUCUGGAUGUUUACCUUAAGAGAUUAAUGAAGCCGGCUUUAGAAUUAGCCAGUUCAAGGUCUAGGAAGAAGAAUUCAAGUGAAGUGUGUAAUCAGGUAAUGUUUGGUUUGAAUGGGAUGAGGCCCAUGGGAUAUGUACAUGAAGCAAACAGACCUAUUUUGGCAUCCUUGUUGGACUUUCGAGUUGCAAUUGAGUCAAAUCCCAGGAGGCUUGGAGAAGAUUGGCCUAUACAACUUGAGAAGGUUUGCUUGCGUGCAGCAGAUCAAGAAUGAGUUCAGAUUCAUUGCCGCGUGAUUUUGGUGGGAUUGUACAUUAGCUUCAUCUCAGUGGGGUGUGUUGUUUUGAUUGUAGAGUCCAUUCUAACAGUGCUUUUAAGCAAGUAGAUUUUAUAACUGAUGCUGAAGGGCUUAAGCUAUGGAGAAGUUCGGGUCAAAGUGAUUGGGUUGUAAAUAAAUCUCGGUGCUGAUUAUUCCUUGAGGUGGUAAAGUAUAGAUAUACACACACUUGCAAUGUCUAGCUACUAAGAGUAGCUGAGUUCAGUAGCCAAUGUCAACUGAUAUCUUUAGUGUCUUCAGCUCAUUGUUUUAUCUCAAGUUUGUCUUUGGGGUGCCCUACCUAUUGUGGUUCAAUUGAUGUCUGUUUUGUCAUUUUCCAUUGAGCUUUUAAUAAAGCACUCUUGUCAAGCGCUGCCGUAA